AUGAACUUAGACCAGGAGAAUUUAUGCCCUAGUAUUCAACAGACUCCAGAAGCGGUGGAAUACGAAUACCUGGACAGAUCGCUUACCCAGUGGAUGCAUGUCUCUUACGAUGGACAGAGCAUGGAGAGAAUUUCAGUUUUCAACAAAGACAGAAAUAUAACUAAACGCGAGAUUCGUAGAGAAGAACGAAUCGUCGGGGGAGCAGUGACCAGCAUUCAGCAGCAUCCAUUUUAUGCCAGUCUUUAUCUCAACGGCUACGACUCGCACGUGUGCGGAGGUUCACUGAUUACGAAAGAGUGGGUACUUACAGCAGCGCACUGUAUCGAUGCCUACCCACAGUUGAAUAGCUGGAAGAUCCACCUCGGUGCCUCAUCUGCGCAAGAGAUUAAAGACCAAAACUACGAGUUUCAUCACGAAUCUGACCCUUCCGUGCUCGUCCUUCACCCAGACUGGGAUCCGAUGACCUUUGUUGGAGACAUUGCUUUGAUGAAGCUGGAGACUCCAGUUGAAGCCUACACGAGCUAUAUCCAGCCUCAUUGUGUGCACUUGCCCAGUCAUGGUCCGACGCUUUCACCGGGUGAUCAAGUCACGGUCGUUGGCUUUGGCCUGACAGAUGAGAAUGCCAGUGGCGCCUCUGAAAACUUACGUGAGGUUACCCUUGAUAUGCUAUCAGCACAAACUUGCAAUGAUGCGUUUGGAGCAAACUGGGUCCUUGAAGAUAUGAUUUGCGCUGGAAAACUUGAAGGUAAGCAAGGUGAUGAAAAUUGA